CAACUCUCCUUCCCAUCACUUCCACCACAAGCCGAAGAGAUCUUUAGUGAUCGAGCAGAUCAGGAGAUGGCUUCCGCUGGGCUGAGGAGCUUCGCUGUAGUCUUCCCAAGCCUUCUCUCCUCUUCAAAAUCAAAGUUCACAGGCUCCAUCGUUCUCCCCGCCGGCACAAAUGCUGCGUCUCGAUUCUCCAUGACCGCUGAGUGGAUGCCAGGCCAGCCCCGCCCUCCCUACCUUGAUGGCUCUGCCCCUGGUGACUUCGGGUUCGACCCGCUUGGCCUUGGUGAGGUGCCAGAAAACCUGGAGAGGUAUAAGGAGUCCGAGCUUAUUCAUUGCAGAUGGGCAAUGCUAGCUGUUCCAGGAAUUCUGAUUCCAGAAGCUCUGGGGCUUGGCAACUGGGUCAAGGCUCAAGAAUGGGCAACUAUCCCUGGCGGUCAGGCUACUUAUUUGGGCAAUCCCGUCCCAUGGGGCACCCUUCCCACCAUUCUCAUCAUUGAGUUUCUUGCCAUCGCCUUCGUCGAGCAUCAACGAAGCAUGGAGAAGGACCCAGAGAAGAAGAAGUACCCCGGUGGAGCCUUCGAUCCACUAGGCUUUUCUAAAAACCCCGAGAAGUUCAAUGACUUCAAAGUCAAGGAGAUCAAAAAUGGUCGGCUUGCACUGCUGGCCUUUGUGGGAUUCUGCGUGCAGCAGUCGGCUUACCCUGGGACUGGACCGUUGGAGAACCUGGCGACUCAUCUGGCCGAUCCAUGGCACAAUAACAUUGGCGAUAUUAUUAUCCCUAGAUCCGUUCUGCCUUAGAACCACUUCAGAUCGUAUGUUUUAUGGUAAGGAUGAUAUGGUGUAUGACUUUGUGAGAUGCAGUAGUUUGUACUGAGUGCUUUGUUACUGUGCGAGAUUUGAAUGGCUGAACGAUUGAUUGCACAACCAAUGUAAAAGCUGCUGUCGGACUGCUUAUGGCUUUCAUUGCAAGUAUAUAAUGGUGAAUUGCAGUUUGAUGAUUGAAA